AUGAGCUUCAAAUCAAUUGAAAUUCACAUCAUGAAAAAGUAUAUUGGUAACCUAAAAGAAAACAAAUCCGGUCUGAAAGGAGCAAUUCCACCGUGUUUCCUCAAACAUUACGUCGAUGUGUACGGAGAACGUCUCAACAAGCUGUUUGAGAAAUCUAUUGUCGAUGAAGUUUUCCCUGGAGCAAUGAAAUUGGCUGAUAUUUGUCCACUAUUUAAAAACGGAGAUCGUUCAUCAAAAUUGAAUUAUCGUCCUAUUUAUGAAUUUAUUGAUAGUAAAUUAUCACUUCUUGUGUCAGGUUUUUGUAAGGGUUUUAGCAGCCAGCAUGUUUUGCUUCACAUGAUAGAAUCGUGGCGAAAAGAUCUUGAUAAAGGAAAUGCUGUAGGGGCGCUAUUGAUGGAUUUGAGUAAAGCAUUUGAUUGUGUGGAUCAUAAUCUGAGUUAUCUCACCAAUCGGUUUCAAAGAGUCGGAAUUGAUGGUUAUUUCAGCUUGUGGAAAGAGAUUAUUAGUGGUGUUCCACAAGAUGACAAUACACGUUAUACAUAUGGAAAACAAUUUGAAGAGAUAAAGUUAUGUUUAGAAAGUGCUUUUUCAACUGUUAGCACAUGGUUUUCCAAUAAUGGGCUUCAGUUAAAUUCUGAGAAGCAACAUGUUCUUCCAUUAUGUAAGAAGGCUAAUGCCAAGAUCAAUGCCCUAAAACCAUAUUUUAUUACUGCCCUCUUAUAUGGGCAUUUUCAAGUAGAGAUCUACUACAUAAAGUUAAUAGCAUUCAUAGUAGAGCAAAUAGACUUUUAUGCGACAGAGUUGAAAAUGAAUGCAGAAUCAGUAAUCAUGAAAAGUUCUGCCGAUAAUUGUUAA